AUGUUGUACUUUGUUAACGUGUUAACAGUCCAGUUGUUCCUGAUCGUGGUAUUAGCAAGCAUACGCAAACUGAUGGACUUGAUUCGCAAGCUACACAAAAAAUGGAUUGAACUGGACGAUGACCCCAGAUUCAAUCUGGACUUCGGGUGUCAGCAUCUAUUGAAGGACACGCCGGUUGGUCAAGCUAAUCAUACACACGGCACGGACAAAUUCACUCAAAAGGAUCAUCCGGCACCUCGUUUCCGUCGCCGUAGCAGCUCUCGGAAAGGUACAUGGGCACGGCCUUCUUUCCGUCAGGAAAAGGUUGCUGUAGAUCGAAGCGACUUUUCGUCGCCGCCGGUGCUAAACAAGGGCCCGGACGUGGGCUUUAAUUUAAGGCUUGACUUUAUACUUUGUCAUGUUUACUAG